UAUUUAUUUUUUUAAUUUUUCUAAUUUUAUGGAGAAACCAUAAAGCCCAAGCCCAAGCCCUCUUUUUUAUAUAUGCCAGCUCUCUCUGCCUCUUCUUCUAAGAGUCAGUCCUCUGUCAUGGAAGAACCAGUGGUUUCAGAGUGUGAAGUUCAAACCUCGUCCCCUACUUCAUCUUCCACCACCAUCACCGCCGCCGCCACCACCACCACCACCAUCCCAACCUCUGCCUCCUCCUCCUCCUCCUCCUUGACCACUAGCUACACAGAAUUGGAGCAGAAUCAGAAGAAACCAGCAGAAGUGAAGACCCAAAAAGGUUCGAGGAAAGUGGAAGCAACAACCAGUGGCAGUGAGAGUAAGAAACGCCAUAAGAGUGGCAGCGACGGCAAACACCCAACCUAUCGCGGUGUUCGGAUGCGUAAUUGGGGGAAAUGGGUUUCUGAAAUUCGAGAACCCAGAAAGAAAUCAAGGAUCUGGCUUGGAACAUUUCCAACACCAGAAAUGGCGGCUCGAGCCCAUGAUGUAGCCGCUCUCACCAUUAAAGGCAAUUCAGCUUACCUCAACUUCCCAGAGCUAGCUCAAGACCUUCCCCGACCUGCCACCACUUCUCCAAAAGACAUCCAAGCCGCCGCCGCUAAAGCAGCAGCAACUGUGUUCACGGUAACUACGACAAGCCAUGUAACCGAAGCUGAGGAAGCUGAACAGAGCCGAGCCGAGCUGACAAUUACCCACUCCCCUACUCCUACUACAACGUCAGAAGACACUCAAGAAUCCUCCUCAAUUUCUCUAUCCAUGGACAAGGAUGAGACAUUGUUCAUAGACCUUCCAGACCUCCUUAUAGACCUCACUGGGGCCGCCGCCACCGCCGAUCCAAGUGACGGGUUUGGGCUCUAUUCGUCUUGGUUAUCAAAUUCCGGCGACCUCGGAUUCCGGCUAGAGGAACAACCGUUCUUGUGGGAGUACUACUAGAGAGAAGAGAAAGAGAAA